AUGGUCGCGUCCAGCAUCCUCUCCGUUUUGUUCCUUGCCGUCUCCCUGGUUGCGACAGUCCACCCAAUCAAUGGGAAAUUGGUUGGUCGUGAAGUGUCUUUCUCAACCGUCAACUCGCGGUAUGAGAGUCUCAGCACCCAGGCAAGCCAGCUCCGCCAGAGCAUCAACGGCGGAUCUAUCUCCCAAGCCGAGGUUCGAAGUAGAAUAGCAUCCCUCUGCAGUGCGGCUAGUCAGACCUUCCAAGUUGCCCAUCAGUGUGGCACUUGUUAUGCACCUGGAACAGUGAACACCCUGAGCCAGUCUGCUAGCCGCACAUUUCGUGAGAUAAGCUCUCUUGCCCAGGUUGUCAGCCAGACCUUUGGAGCAGAUGCCCCCAGCAUCUUCAGUUCCUUUGCUCGGUUGGAUGGACAGAUGAGUCAAAACAUCCAAAGAUUUGCCCAGGGUGGCGUGGCAACUCAAUCGCUCCUGCCUGCCCAACUCGGCUCGACCUUCCGCCAGGUAGGACUCUCGCAGACCGCUAACUUCGCGAGCCAAUCCUCCACUUCGACCCGAUCCUCUUCUUCAACCCAAUCCUCCUCCUCGACUAGUCAAGUGAGUUCUCAAACCGUGAGCUCGCGGUAUGAGAGUCUUAGCAGCCAAAUAAGCCAGCUCCGCCAGAGCAUCAACGGCGGAUCUAUCUCCCAAGCCGAGGUUCGAAGUAGAAUAGCAUCACUCUCCAGCGCGGCUAGUCAGACCUUCCAAGUUGCCCAUCAGUGCGGCACUUGUUAUGCACCUGGAACAGUGAACACUCUGAGCCAGUCUGCUAGCCGCACAUUCCGCGAGAUCUGCUCCCUUGCCCAGGUCGUCAGCCAAACUUUUGGACAAGACGCCCGCAGCCUCUUCACUCCCUUUGCCCGGUUGGAUGGACAGAUUAGUCAAAAUAUCCAAAGAUUUGCCCAGGGUGGCGUUGCAACUCAAUCCCUCCUACCUGCCCAACUCGGCUCGGCCUUCCGCCAGGUGGGACUCUCGCAGACCGCCAACUUCGCGAGCCAAUCCUUCACUUCGACCCGAUCCUCUUCUUCAACCCAAUCCUCCUCCUCGACUAGUCAAGUGAGUUCUCAAACCGUGAGCUCGCGGUAUGAGAGUCUUAGCAGCCAAAUAAGCCAGCUCCGCCAGAGCAUCAACGGAGGAUCUAUCUCCCAAGCCGAGGUUCGAAGUAGAAUAGCAUCACUCUCCAGCGCGGCUAGUCAGACCUUCCAAGUUGCCCAUCAGUGCGGCACUUGUUAUGCACCUGGAACAGUGAACACUCUGAGCCAGUCUGCUAGCCGCACAUUCCGCGAGAUCUGCUCCCUUGCCCAGGUCGUCAGCCAAACUUUUGGACAAGACGCCCGCAGCCUCUUCACUCCCUUUGCUCGGUUGGAUGGUCAGAUUAGUCAAAACAUUCAAAGAUUUGCCCAGGGUGGCAUUGCAACUCAGUCGCUCCUGCCUGCCCAACUCGGUCCGGCCUUCCGCCAGGUAGGACUUUCGCAGACUGCCAGCUUCGCGAGCCGAACCUCCGCCUCGUCCCAGACGGGAGGAUCUUUCCGUACUUCAUUCUAA